AUGGCGUCGACGGUGCCGUCGCGCAUGCGCGCCGCGCUCUCGUGCGCGUCGACGCGAACGACGCGCACGCUGGACGACGUCGCGGUGCCGUCGAUCGGGGCGCGAGAGGUCCUCGUGCGCGUGCGCGCGUGCGGGGUGAAUCACAUCGACGCGAACGCGGCGCGAGAGGGGUACGCGGUGGACGUCUACGCCGGACCCGCGAGCGCGCGACGACGGUGGACGCCGGGAAGAGAGUUUAGCGGUGAAGUGGUGGCGAUCGGACGGGCGGUGCGAGGGGUGGGGGUGGGAGAUGAGGUGUACGGCGCGACGCCGCCGACGAGCCGAGAGGGAAGCGCGGCGGAGUACGCGCGGACGCCCGCGCACGCGAUCGCGAGGAAACCGAGAGAGAUGACGCACGAGGAAGCGGCGGCGAUUCCGUUCGCGGCGUUGACGGCGCAUCGAGCGAUGAUGGUGUGCGGUGGGGCGAGGGGCGGGGAACGGGCGCUCGUGCUCGGCGGCGGCGGCGCGGUGGGGACGGCGGCGUGCGCGUUGGCGAAAGACGCCGGUUUGGAGGUCACGGCGACGUGCGCGGCGAGGGACUUCGAUUUCCUGAGGAACGUCGUCGGCGUGGACGAGGUUGUGGAUUUCAAGGAUACGGGCGAGGGGUCGCUGCGCGCGCGCGCGAAGGCGGAGGAGUGGGCUCCGUUCGACGUCGCGGUGGAUUGCGUCGGGACAAAGGCGACGAAGACGCAGGCGAUCGAGCGUUUGAAGUAUGGUGUUGGACGAUACGUGACGUUACACGGGGAUCUGGGGAAGAACGCGACGAACGACGGUGGAAUGGUCGCGGGGGUCGCGCGCGCGCUCGGCGAGUACGCGAGGAAGAGGGCGCUCGCGCGGUUCCAACACGACGUCGGGUACGAGCAAGCCGUGAUGCGGUUGGAUCCGGAUGCGAUGGUCACUAUCGCGCGCUUGGUAGAGAGCGGUAAGCUCAGGAUUCCCGUCGGGGAAGUUUUAGGAUUAGAUGAGAUGGAACGCGCGUACGAUUUACUGCGCGAUCCGAACGUUUUCGGUAAAGUUAUCGUCAAACCGUGA